UUAUGUUUUGACAUGUGAUCUUGAUCCAGACAUGAUCUCUAAGGAACCUUCAUGGCUGGAAAGAGUUAGAGACGACAAGGUUGACUCUCUCUCUCUCUCUCUCUCUGUGUGGCCCUGAGGACCUCCCAUCUCAGAACUUGUUGCAGAAUCUGUAAAAUGGGGAUGAAAAUGGGAAAGCUGUUUAGGGGAUUGUUUCCACGAAAAGAAGAAGAAAGACGUAUAGUGAUGAUAGGUUUGGACGGUACCGGCAAGUCGGUCAUUCUGCAUAAGCUUAAAACUGGAGAGACUCUCGACACAGACAUCCCCACCAUUGGGUUUAAUGUGGAGAGCGUGAAAUAUAAGAAUAAGAGCUUCAGCUUAUGGGAAAUCGGUGGUCAGCAGCGAUACAAGAUUCGUCCACUGUGGAAACAUCACUUGCAGAACACGCAAGGGCUAGUGUUGGUAGUCGACAGCACUGACAGAGACCGUAUAGAAGAGGCAAGAGACUUUCUUUACAUGGUGUUGGAAGAGGGUGAUGUAACAGAUGAUGUAUCUGUGCUUGUAUAUGCCAACAAGCAUGUGAACCCUAAUGCCAUGAGUUCUUCCGAGAUCACCCAUAAGCUUAACCUUUCUUCUCUUCGUCAGAGAAACUGGCAUGUCCAGACCUCAUGCGCAUUGAGCGGGGAAGGGUUACACGAGGGGCUAGAAUGGCUCUCGAACAAUGUUCCAACAACAUAGAUUUCAUCAAAACCUAUACGUAUAGUCUUUAUAUGUAUUUUUUUUAUUGCAGAACCACUUCUGUCCAAGUUACAGAGCUUAAAAGGGUCUGUCCUAAGGAGAUAAGAUAAUCAACCGUCCAUGAUUAUCUUGUAGAUGAUGGAAACGAUCUCGGUCAUGGUCAAGGCCUUUUCAGUGUAGUCUUCAAUGGGAGAGGGUUUGAUGGGAUUGCUCUUGUAGAUAUUCUCGCAUUCGAACAUGGAGUUCUUGGCCUCCUGUACGGAAUUCAGCAUCUCGUUGAGUU